AAUUUGCACAACACAUGAACAUGGAACCAGAAUACAGUAUAGAACCUGAAAACUGUGAAAAUGCUUUCGAAGUUCCAAAUGUUUUUCCUUGUAUGGGUGGAUGUUGUGGACAAAAACCGGAAGAAUAUUGCUGUGAUGAAAGUGCACAGCUAAAUUUGACCAUUUUUACCAUGUGUUCAUCGAUUCUGUUUAUUAUGGUAGCUGUCUGGGCUUGGAAAAGAUGUGUCAUGAUUUGGUGUGGGGAUAGAAAAGGUUUCACUUCACGGAAUAUUGAUUUGGUUACAAGAAAAGAAUGUGGAACAGUACCAUACAAUCACAGUGGUUGCUCUGGAUUAGUAUCAUCUCCAGGUGUACAUUUUACCGACAAGAGGACAACAAGCGGGGCGUCCAGGAAAAUGAAUACGACACUAUAUAACCAGACAAAGGAAUUCACAGACGGUCCACCAAGCUAUGAAGAAGCAACAACAUUUCGAUCAAACCAAAUUUCCCAAUAAACAUAUUACAUAUAUAAAUGCAUUCGUUAAC